AGGAAUCAUCGUAGGUUUGAAUUACUGGUACCAGCAAAAUUUCUUCUCGAGAACAACAAAAGAGCGAGGACUCUAUUGGUCAACAGUCGUAAACAAACAUCGAGUGAUUAAUGAAAGCUUGUAAAUAAUUCUAAGCUGGAAUGUCAAAACUAUAUCAAAAAUGGCGCCGCUGAUAUUCUGGUCAUCUUUAGUACUAGAUGGGAUAACUUCAAAGGCUUUCUUUGAAAAUUUCAUCACUUAAACAAGGAUUUAUUUGAAGAUGACGCAGAAAUCACUUUCCCUUCCGGAAGAAGACAAGGAGGAACAUUGCAUCCAUAAAAUUACAGUUGAACCGGUGAUAUUUUGCUACGCGUUUGGGAUAAUUCUUCAUGUCCCAGUUAUUCAACAGUACAUCCACCGACGAAUUGCUGAGGAGAAAGGCAUCAUCUAUAACACAACAGCUAGUCUAAGUAACUGCGAUUCUAUGCGAGCCUCUCGAAAUGGAGAAACUAUAAAAAUGCAAAAAGAGGUUCAGUCCGAAGCUUCCUUCAUGCAACUCGGCAUGGUGUUCUCUGCCAGUGCUCCGUCACUCUUGGUUGCGCUGUUUUUAGGGGCCUGGUCCGAUCGCGCAGGACGAAGGAGAGUGAUGGCCUUACCCAUAUUUGGAAGUGCAAUAGAGUCAGCCAUAAUAUUAUGGGUUAUUGCGUUUAAUCUUCCAAUACAGACGUUACUUUUAGCAGGAUUUAUAAAUGGUUUGUGUGGUUUCUUCCCAACAAUGGUUUUGUCUGUGUUUUCGUACAUGGCAGAUAUUACAGAAGAAUCACAACGUGCUUUUCGACUGGGAAUCCUAGAAGCAACCGCAUUUAUAAGCGGUAUGCUCAGUCAUUUAAGCAGCGGUUGGCUAAUAAACAAAACAGGCUACAAAGCACCCUACAUGAUGAUUUUAACGCUUCACACUUUUGCGCUGUUUUACGUAGUUUUAAAACUUCCCGAGUCAAGAGCGAAGCAUUUAAUGGCGAAUUCCAACGUAAAGGUGUUCAGUUUACAUCACAUCCGGGUCAUAAUUUACAUCUUUACAAACCCUCGAUCUGGCGAGCGAUGGCGCAUGUGCAUACUUAUGCUUACCUCUGGCCUUAUGAUUGUGUCCUCAAUCGGAUUUGGCAGUGUCAUUGUACUGUAUGCCAUUGACCGUCCAUUGUGUUGUAACUCUAUCCUGAUUGGCUAUUACCUAGCAACGAGCUUUCUAGUGCAAGCUGUUGGAGCAAUUCUUGGAUUAAAAUUUUUAAGGAUGAUUUUAUCAGAGCAUACUCUAAUGCAAGUAGGAAUGAUAUCUGUGAUAUGUUCAUUGGUUAUGAUGGCAUUUGUUAAAAGCAAGAGAGUGUUAUUUGCUGUUCCUUUUGUAGCCUGUCUCGGUGGGAUUCCAACACCAGUUAUCAGAGCCAUGAUGUCUAAGAUGGUGGAUCCAGAUGAACAAGGUGCAUUGUUUGCUGCUGUUGCGACUCUGGAGACAAUUUGCACUCUGUUUGGCGCCGCCUUAUUCAACUCCAUUUAUCCCUUAUUUUUACAUGUUGGGUUAAAUGGGUUUUGUUUUCUUGUCAUGGCGUUGCUGAUGAUAGCUGCUCUCAUUUUAACCGAGAUCUUGAAGCGCAGGGAUCGAAAACCAAGGGACCACCAAAAAGAGGAAGGUUCAAGGCCCGAGGAAGCCAUCAACGAUGAAAAGAAAGAUCAAGAUUAUCCUUUAAAUGAAGAUAUAGACAAAUAGUUCUUUACAGAAAAAAUGAGUAAAAGAACCUUACUUAAUUACACUCAUCAAUAAUAUGGGACAGUUUAAAUUUGAUAUUUCGAACUGAUACCUUACUUUAAAAACUAAGUUAUUAGGAAAAUAUUCUGAUACCAAACAUCUGCGAUCUGUUGGCAUCAUCGUUCUCGCGGGUUGCUUGGGGGUUCAUUGAAAAGACCAAUCACUAGACAGAAAAGUAAAAAUGACGUUACACACAAUUGUUUAAAAAUUUAUUUUGCCUCAGGAAUACAGAUGGCUCUUUUUUUGUCUUUUCUCCUUUUCUUACAUUUUCCUUUUCUUUUGAACAACAUUGAAAGAUACGGUUAUUAUUUUGUAUCUAGUUCUCAAUAAACACCCUAAAAUCCAUGCUA